AUGGACGGGGGUUGCUUUGGAUGCUUCUCCGGCUUGCUGGGAGCACUAGGUGUGCCUGGAGUUCGGAGGGCUCCCAGCAGUGUGCGCGUAGCUGCGGUGCAGUGCUCUUCGCAGAUGGGGUCCGCAGAUGCCAUUGAGGAGAAUGCCGACAAAAUGGAGCGGCUGGCACGACGCGCUGCGGCCAAAGGCGCCCAGAUCAUCGUCUUCCCCGAGGCGGCGCUCACCGGGUACACCUCCCAGCCCUUCCUCCACAACUGGCACACGCCACAGCGGAAGCUGGCGCCGCGCUUCGCCGGGAUCAACCCGGCCAAGGUGGUGCCCACAGUGGACUCCCCGAUUGUGCGGCGCUUUGUGGAUUUGGCGCAGGAGCUGGGAGUGUACCUCACCAUCCCUUUCGUGGAGGAGGUGUUGCACCCCAGCCGCCACUUCUUCAACACCGUUUGCCUGGCCUCUCCGGGCGGCAAGAUCGUCGUACAUUACCGCAAGACGCACCUCUGGGACUUUGUAGAUGGCAGCUGGGCCGACCGCGGCGACGGCCCGGGGAUGUACGACUCAGAGUUCGGGCGGAUCGGCCUGGGUAUUUGCUUUGACAUCCAUCGCCUUGCCGAGCUGUACAAGGGCAAGGAUCUGUGGGCGCUGCUGUACUCGGUGGCCUGGGUAGGGCACCGCACGGAUGGGCCCACCGAGCGAUGGUUCCGAAAGGACUUGCCCGAGACAUACUUGGGCACAGAGGGCGGUCUUCCAUGCUUUGUGGUGGCAGCCAACUGGAGCACAGAGCGCGAAUACAGCUGGGAUGGAGCGGGGUAUAGCUCCAUCUAUGGGCCGGAUGGUCAGCGGCUCGCCUUCCUGGACCUCGAGAUCGGGGACAACAUUCUCUAUCAGGACAUCCCCUGCAGGCCCUGA